AUGUCUAACAACGAACUUGCCGUUUCCUACGCCGCCCUCAUCUUGGCCGAUGAUGGUGUUGAAAUCACCGCCGACAAGUUGCAGUCCCUUAUCAAGGCUGCUGGUUGCACCGAUGUCGAGCCUAUCUGGACCUCAUUGUUCGCUAAGGCUCUCGAGGGAAAGGAUGUUAAGGACAUGCUUCUGAACGUCGGAUCCGGUGGUGGUGCCGCUGCCGCGCCAGCUGCUGGUGGUGCCGCUGCCGCUGGUGGUGCUGCUGCUGCUGAGGAGAAGGUUGAAGAGAAGGAGGAGGAGAAGGAGGAGUCAGACGAGGACAUGGGUUUCGGUCUUUUUGACUAA